AUGCCCGCUAAUGUGGAGGCAUGGACUCUGUUGUCCUUGGCUCUGGUCACGAUUAUAGUCCGUAUUUCGGUACGAUGGAAGCUCGUUGGACCGGCCGAUUUUCAACUUGAUGAUUAUCUCAUGCCAUUGGCGGGAAUCCUGUUCACACUGGAAACAGUAGCGGCGUACCUCGUCGGUGCCAAAUUCCAAGGCCUGACUAACAGCUACAUGACGCCUGAGCAGCGAGAAAGUCUCGACCCCCACUCGACUGAGUGGUCCAAUCGUGUUGCAGGAUCCAAGAUCCAAGUACUUGGAUGGUCAUUAUAUGUCGCUAUUCUCUGGCUGGUCAAAUUCAGUUUGGCAGUCUUCUACUCUCGAUUGACGACUGGCCUCCAACACCUCCCCACCCGAGUUCGGCUGGCAUAUGUCAUUCUAGGUGUGACAUACCUCGCAACAGCGUUGUCCAUCCUGCUAUCAUGCCAGCCCUUCCAUGCGUUUUGGCAGAUUUACCCUGACCCCGGCAAUUUCUGUCAGCCAACCAACUCCCGGGUUUAUGUUUUCGUAUCCGUGGUACUCAACAUUGUCACGGACAUGUACCUUCUCUCAAUCCCGCUUCCCCUUCUCUGGACUGUCAACCUCAACCUGAAACGAAAGAUUCCUCUUAUGGCUCUCUUCUCCGGCGCUACAUUCGUCAUGAUAGCGGGAAUUAUCCGCGCUGCCACGAUUAUGAAGUCCAGCCCCGAUGGUGCUGAAUCUGGCUCGAAAUGGGCCUGUCGGGAGACUUUCGUCUCAAUAAUCGUCUCCAACCUGCCCAUCAUCCAACCACUUAUCCGCAAGGGCUUCAGGAAGAUUGGUCUCAACCACGUUUUCAGUUCCUCGGGGAAGACAUCAGGACAACCAUACCAGCUCUCCAGCCGAGGUCUAAAGUCUUUGACGAACCGCGGCGAAGGUGAUACCAAAAAGAGUAAGACGAGCGCUGCUGCGCCGACGCAUAUGCAGACUUUGGCAUGGGGCAGCGAUGAGCAUAUCCUCGCUCAGGCCGAGCCGUCCUCGAAGGAUAUUACGGUCGUUUCAGAGACUGUCGUGCACAGUGAGCCAUGGUCGUUCCAGGAAGGGCCUGGGGUGGGUAGUUCGACAACGCCCCCGAAGGAGUGGGACAGUCGGCUGUCUCAACGAUGA